AUGAGCGCUACAUUUUCUUAUGCGCAAGCCGCGAAGGGCGCUGCUGGCACACCGGCCUCCAACAAGACCGCGACAGAGCCGGAGCAGCCCGAAGUCAGCCAGGAAGAGAAGACCGACGAUGCGCUGGAGUCUGUGACCGCUCCUUCGGAGUCUGAGACGCCACAGGAAGCUGAAAAGACAGUGUCUCAUGCGGACCCCGAUGCGGAGUUCACGACUGUGACUAGCAAGCACUCCCGAUCGAAGGCCGCCCACUCCAGGACCUCAUCACCGAGCGUUCGAUCUACCGCUACUCAGUCCAAAGAGGGAGGCGACUCCUCCAGUGUGCCCAACGGCACCGCCGAUGCUUCGUCAGAUAAGCAAUCACAGGAUGUGAAGGCAGAUAAGUCAGAGAACGGCUCUGAGGGUUCCAAGGAGAAGUCUGAAAAGUCUGAGAAGAGUGCCCCGCCAAAGGAGCUGAAAGCUGCUCCUCUCCCCUCCGUGAACAUCUGGGAGCGCAGGAGGGAGGCCCAAGAAGCCAAGGCCAAAAGCACGCCUGCUGUGCCAACGAACAAGACGACACCUGGGAAGGCGGAUGAGACCCAGCAGGACUCCUCCAAGACCACUUCAAAGAAGAAGGGUGCUGAUGGUUCUUCGGAAGGCACCAAGGACCGCAAGAAGACUGAGGGUGGUAAGGGACGGGAUGAGGCUCUUCCUUCCGUUACCGACGCUUCAUUAUGGCCCACCCCUCAGGUUGCAUUGGGCGAGGAGAAGAAGAAGGCUCAGGAGAAGACCGACAAACCUGAGCGCACCGAGAAGAGCCCUGUCAUCCGAACCCACGGCAAGGAGAAGUGGAUGCCGGUGAACUACGUCCCCACUGCCGUUUUCAACACUCCUCUCCCAUCGUCUGGCCGUGGAGGCCGCCGGGCCGCUCGCGGGGGACGCGAUGGCAGCCGUGGCGGUGCUCACGGCGCUGGUGCUGCCAGCGGUGAGAAGGCUGCGUCUGGACAGGCCAGUCAGGCUUCCGCGGCCAAGCAGGGCUCUGGAGAGCGUGGACGCAAUGAACCUACCACUGGCCGUGCCACUUCUCUUCCCGCCCAAUCAAGACGGUCCACUAGUCCGGAUGCUGCCAACCAGGAGGGACGCAAGGCCCAGGCUGCGGAUCGCAAGGCUCGUGGCGCUGAAGAUGCCGCCGCUGCUGGCGGCAAGCAGACCAACGGCGGCGAGAACGUCUCUCGACCCCAGCGCGAAGGCAAGCAGUUCACCCGGAACCAGGAGGCCCGAGCUGCUAACUCCAAGGCUGCUCACCUGGCUGUUGAUGCCCAGGCCGCUACUCGUGCCAACGACCGCCGUGCCGAGUCUGGUUCUAAGUCUGCUGAUUUGAGCCGCGAUUCUGCUGGCUUCCAGGAAUUCAACCGGGAGCGCGGCGACAACCAGCGGGGAGGCCGGGGCUCCACCCGUGGCCGUGGCCCUUACACUGGUUUUGGCCAGAACCCUCAGUUCGGCACCCCGCAGAACAACUUUGUUCCCUCCAAGUACGGUUUCAACGACCGCCAGCGCUCGCAACAUAUUCAGAAUGGAUCGCAGCAAGGUCACCGCAUGACCGUGCGGUCUCCCUCAUUGCCCGCCUCCACUGGUGUUUACCCCGGUGUUUACCCAUUCCCGGCUGACAUCAACACCAUGUACCCCUACCAGGCUGUGGCCCCUGGCCCCAUGAGUGCUGUUCCCUACCAGCAGUACAUGGAGCCUUUUUCCCUAAUGACAAUGCUGUCCAUGCAGCUCGAGUACUACUUCUCGGUGGAUAACAUGUGCAAGGAUAUGUUCCUUCGCCGUCACAUGGAUUCCCAGGGCUUCGUUCCUCUGGGUGUUAUUGCUAGCUUCAAGCGGGUCAAGUCUCUGACCGAGGACUUUGAGAUGCUCCGUCAUGUUUCUCGCAAUCUGCGAAACGUCGAAUACCAGACUGGUGAGGAUGGCGUGGAUCGCCUCCGCCCGAAGGAGCGAUGGGGCCAGUGGAUCCUCCCCGUUGACCAGCGCGACCCCUCGGCCCAGCAUGAGGGUGCCCCCCCGGCCACACACACUGGCAAGACCGACGAGAACACCCCAUUGAACAACAACCAUGCCGACGGCACUCCCAACGGCUCGGCUCACCAUGGGUCGCGACAGUUUAUUCCUAAUGGCACGGCAUCCCGCCAAGCCCCGACCUCGCUUUCUUCUACGGCCCCAGAGUUCAUGCCGUCCGUGCCAUCGGCGCAAAAUGAAAUUGCCAAUGUAGGAACCCCCAUGGAUCUUUCUUUUGUUCCCGGAGGCAGCCCAGAACUGGAAGAAAUUUCUCCAUCCCCCACUUCUGCAGACCAACCAUUUAUUGACGAAUAUGAUUCAGCGUGCCGACUAGAUUCGCCCUCGAUGAACCCGGUCCCCCUUGGCUUUGGACCCUCGUGGUGCUCUCCUGGGUAUGAUUGCUUUCGCACCAUUUUUUAA